AUGUUGUGGGAUAUCAAGAAUCUAUCCCAGAAAGAGCACAAGAACCUACGUGUCAACAUCGAGUUCGAUUACGCGUCCCACGUGGCGUGGAGCCCGGACUCCAAGGCGUUCAUCGUCCACACAGUAAGAGAGAACAACAUCAUCGUCUACAAGAUUGAGAAGAAGAAAGACGGUGCCAUCGGCGCUGCGACACCUGUCAUAACCUUUGAUAAGGUUCACGCGGAGGACGUGAUCGGCUUCGGGAUAUCGAGCAACGGGAAAUUUAUGAUGUCCUGCUCAUCGAAGACGGACAUGGUGAUUUGGGACCUGAAAGGCCAGCAGCUGGACAGGCUGGACACGUACUUGAUGAGCACGCACUCGGCGAGGAUAUCGCCGUGCGGCCGCUUCGUGGUCGCCACGGGCUUCUCGCCCGACGUGAAAGUGAUGGAGGUGUGCUUCGCCAAGUCGGGCGAGUUCAAACAGGUCGCGAAGGCGUACGAGCUCAGCGGCCACACGUCCGGUAUAUACGACGUGGCGUUCGACGUGGACACCUCUCACAUCGCGACCAUAUCCAAGGACGGCACGUGGAAGCUGUUCCACACAAAGAUUGAGUACACGCGAGGAGAGUCCCCGCACGUGCUGGAGACGGGCAGCUACACUCAGACCGCGAACGCGCCUCACAUCGCGCUCUCGCCCAACGCGGAGGUGCUGGCCGUCUCCGUCGACAGCUCUGUGGAGUUCUACGACACGUACACCGGCCAGCUGUACGACACGGUGGAGAACAUAUACUCGGGCCCGAUAAACUGCAUGUGCUUCGACGCCAGCGGCAAGUAUCUGUUCGUGUGCGGCGACAGGGCGGUGAGGGUGCUGCACAACGUGUGCGGGUACCACACCACGAUCGGCAGCUGCACCCGCCUGUUGGGCUCGAAGCAAACCUCCGCCACGGUCGAACGCCUCAACAAGACAAUACAGAGCUGCAAGGAAACGCUCGCGAGCUUCGGGAAG